AUGGAAGGUUACAAAACAGGAAAGUUGAUAAUCGAAGGAAAAACAAAGCAAGUAUAUGAACUUGCUGAUGAACCAUCACUAUGUCUGCUGUUGAGCAAAGACAGAAUCACCGCUGGAGACGGAGUAAAAUCCCAUGUUCUCGAAGGCAAAGCAGCUAUCAGCACAGCGACCAACGCUAAAGUAUUUGAACUGCUGAACAAAGCUGGUCUGAGGACUGCGUUUGUCAAGUUAACUGGAGAAAAAGCUUUUGUAGCUAAGAAAUGUGAAAUGGUACCGAUUGAAUGGGUCACCAGACGUCUCGCAACUGGAAGUUUCCUCAAAAGACACCCAGGAGUACCAGAAGGUUACCGCUUCAAUCCUCCGCUCCAGGAAACUUUCUUCAAAGAUGACGCCAACCAUGAUCCCCAGUGGUCCGAGCAGCAGAUAAUAUCAGCAGGGUUCAAGUUAAACGGAGUGACCAUCGGAAAAGACGAGGUCGAUAUAAUGCAGCGUAUGACUCUUACUGUCUUUGAAAUUCUGGAGCGCGCUUGGGCAACUCGCGACUGUGCUUUGAUAGACAUGAAGAUAGAGUUCGGUAUUGAUGCUGAAGGAGAAAUUUUGGUGUCUGAUAUCAUCGACAGCGAUUCCUGGAGACUAUGGCCUUCUGGAGACAAAAGAUUGAUGAAGGACAAGCAGGUCUACAGAAAUCUCACGACUGUUACUGAUGCGGAUUUGCAAACAGUCAAGCGUAAUUUCGAGUGGGUAGCUAAUCAGUUGGACUAUCUUGUUCCUCUGACCAAGCCGAUGCUCGUUAUUUUGAUGGGAUCGGCUUCAGAUAAGGAACACUGUCAAAAAAUCGCUAAGCAUGCUGCUGAUCUAGGACUCAAGUCGCAAUUGAGAGUCACUAGUGCUCAUAAAGGCACUGCUGAGACAAUGAGAAUCCUCGCUGAGUACGAAGGCAGUGGCGAGAAGGUUGUGUUGGUCGCAGUCGCUGGUAGGAGCAAUGGACUUGGUCCAGUACUUUCAGGCAACACUGCAUUCCCGGUUAUCAAUUGCCCACCUGUUACUACUGAUAAUGUUGACCAAGAUAUUUGGUCUUCAUUAAAUGUUCCCUCUGGAUUGGGCUGUACUACUGUACGUUAUCCUGAGAGCGCAGCUCUUGCAGCAGCUCAAAUCCACGCUCUGCAUGAUCAUGUUGUCUGGUCUCGGCUUCGCGUAAAACAACUUGAUAACUUUGUCACUUUGAAGUACGCUGACAAGAAGUUGAGAGAUUUGACUAUUCAAUAA